CCAACCUGUCCAUUUGGAUUUAUUUGCUCCUUUUGCUCUUUAUUCCUUGCUGACAUGACUCUACUGGAUUCUGUCAAUAUUACACAUAUCACUCCAUCCAACUUGUCUCAUAACGAGCUGUGGGAAAUCAUUCAGAAACAAUGCCAACUCAUCCAAGAACUCCAACAAGACACGUCCCAGCUCACAAUCCAACGCGACAGUUUGCAUGUCCAGGUGGAAAGCUUGGAACAACGGUUGAGAUACGUUCGAAAAAGGGACACGAUGGUCGCGGCAAUACAACGGAUCGAUGGCUCAGUACAGACGGAUUCAGUACCAGUAACACCGUGCUGUCAAUGCCAAAGUGUCAAGUGGGAUCGUGACGAACUUCCGGGUAACACCAUCAUGCCGAAUAGGCCCGUCCGAUCGUCAUCGCCACCACUACUGCAACUGCUUUGCACCGACAAUUCUGAGAUUACGUGUGAAUCCCUAUUAAACGAGCUCGCCAGAAAUUCGCAAGAAAAUGCCGAAAACCCUACGACGCCAACAUCCGAUGAACCGGAAAACAUGUUCCCCCUCAAUGAUGCCAAUUUACUUGCACCGAUGAUCCCAGCCUCAUUGACAAAUUUGGCAAAUAUUGCCGUGAAUGUCGUAGGAUGCCACUUGAAACGCAAUGCAAAAGGAAAAGAAGUGAUCUCUUUCACCAUUAGCGUCGCGACCAAAAAUCCAUCUAGAGAACUCUGGAAAAUUGAAAAACUGUACUCUGACUUUUUGAAUUUGCAAGCCAAGAUAAAAUCACGAGGUGCUCAAACAUCAUCCCACGGCUCAUCACGCUUACCUGAGAAAAAUUUGUUUUCGACCAAGUCGUCCACAAAGAUCGGUCAAAGAAAGACGGCUUUGGAACGACAUUUGCAACAGCUGGUCGCUGUGGCGUUCAGUGAUGUAACGGAACUGUGUGAGUUUCUCAGUACAGACAUCGUCGAAAACAAAGCCCAUGCUCCGGCAUCCUUGCAUAAAGAAGGAGAACUCACCAAACGUGGCAAAAAUUUCGGUGCCUGGAAAACCCGUUAUUUUGUCUUGAACGGACCUGUAUUAGAUUACUAUGACUCGAAACAUGGUAACAAGAUUGGAUCGAUUCGUCUCACCAAUGCAAAAAUUGGACGACAAGCUUCUUCCCGUACCAACGAAGGGGAGGAUUAUUCGUCCGUCUACCGUCAUGCUUUCUUGAUUUUGGAACAAAAACGACCAGCAUCCAGUACCAUGACUCGCCACAUCUUGUGUGCCAAUUCGGAUGACGAACGGGACGCGUGGGUUGAAAUUUUGUGUCAACAAUUGUGUUUGCUACAACCCGAUUUGCAUGAGGAAAAUCCGGAAAAUACCAAAAAGGCACUGCGCUCAACCAAGACAUCCAGCUACUGGCCAUUUAGCAAUGUCGAUGAUAUCGCCUUGACAGUGCCUGCGCCUACCAUGCAUCAUUCGCCCACCGAAGCGACAAUACAGGAUAUUAUUUCUGAAUCCAGUUCCGAGUGUCAGUUGUCCAUUGAUAGUCAAAGCGCCCACACGCGAUAUUCCAGUGCGGAACAGAACUCAGUAGAUCAAAACACAGAAGGGCAGCCAAAGGUCAUGGCGGCCCCUCCUCCAGAUAUCCAUGUUUCUGGUGCUGAUGAGCUCUUUGAAUCGGCCAGUGAACCCAAUAUGGAUAGCUCUAUUCGCUUGAAACUGAGGGGCAGUCGGCGAUUGUUUUGGAGCAAAAAGUCGCAUAGUAUGACGGCGGCAGAUGAUCUUCAAACCCAGGCACCGCCACUUUCAACCUUCCGUUAUCUAGUAGGCCGCGCAUCCAACGAAUCCUCCAACCUACUCCCUGAAAAAAAUGUCGAGGUGGUUAUCACAAAUCCGGUUUUUGGUGUAGAAUUGGAGCAAGCCGUACGGGUGUGCUGUAUAUCAAAAACGAAUCCCUUGCCAGCCGUCGUGUACCGCUGUAUUGAAUAUCUCAAUGCCAAAAAUGCCAUGAUGGAAGAGGGACUGUAUCGCCUCAGCGGAAGUGCAGCAUGGAUUCACAACAUGCGGUUGAAAUUUGACGAAGUGGGGGAUGUGGAUUUAUUAUCCACCAACGAAGAUCAUGAUAUCCAUGCCGUUGCUGGAUUGCUCAAGCUAUGGUUGCGUGAAUUGCCGGACAGCGUGUUUACUGCGGAACUUCGUCAAGAAUUUCUUCUGGUAGUGGACCUGAUCAAUCGUAACGAACGAAUUCAAGAGCUACAAAGACUGAUGUCAUGCCUUCCUUUGCCCAACUAUACCCUACUACGGUCCUUGGCGGCGCAUUUGAUUCAAGUCGUGCAUCAUUCGGAAGUCAACAAAAUGACAAUGCGGAAUAUUAGUAUCAUUUUCGCUCCCACCCUAGGGAUCCCAUUGAUUAUUUUCCACCUGUUUAUGAAUCAUUUUGAGCACAUAUUCUUCACUGAAAGCGAUUCACGUCCAUCCUCUGUCGUGUCUGAAGUAGUGUCCUCAACAUCCACCGACCCCGUUCAUGCAAGUGACCUGCAAUGCAUUAAAAGUGUGUCCGAUGAUUGUUCGACCCAUCAUCGACAAAGUUUGGCCAGCAGCGAACCUGAGCCAACAACGAUCAUGGAUUUAGAGAGAAAUCUCGAUGAUUCACUGGGUUUAAUGUUUGAAGCCCUACCUUUUUCGGACGUCGAUGAAGAUGAGGUCGAUGAAUUAGCGUUGGCGGCGGGACCACAAGAAGAAUAA